GUAUCAUUCACUCAGAUUUGAAGCCAUCUAACUUUCUGGUGAUUGAUGGUACGCUACGCCUAAUUGACUUUGGGAUCGCCAAGUCAAUCCAGUGUGACAAGACGAGUGUUAUGGUGGAUACACAGGUUGGCACCCUCAACUACAUGUCUCCAGAAAGCAUUGUGGACUCCUGCGGGGGUGAUGGUGGGGGUCGCUCCAAACCCACAUAUAAGCUAGGUGUUAAGAGUGACAUGUGGAGCCUUGGCUGUAUCCUGUACUACAUGGUGUAUGGCCACACCCCUUUCCAGAAAAUAACAAACACAUUCAUCAAACUUAAGGCUAUCAUCAAUCCAGACUACCCCAUAGAAUUUAAGGACAUUUCUGACAAAAACUUAAUGGACACAAUACAGAGAUGUCUGAUACGGGAACCAAGAGACCGUGCCAGUAUAGAGGACCUUCUAACACACCCCUACAUCACAAACCUGGAUAGGGUGGACCAGGAGACUGCGCCCAAACUAGACUGUAAAGAUGACCAUUUAGAGCGCCUUGUCAAACAGUUGUCCACUAAGUUUGCCUCGUCACCUUCCGGUAUCCGUUCCAUGGUGCAGAGUGCUAUGAAGGACUCAACGUGAAGCAACAAGCUGGAUGUGUAAACAGACAAUACUUUUGAGAUGGAUAUUCAGCAUUCGUGGAGCUUGAGUUCU